CAAGAUGAUGAGGAUGGAGAGGGAGAAGAUGAUGCUGAAGUCCAGCAAGAAUGCCUGAAGAAGUUUUCAACCCCAGACUAUAUAAUGGAGCCGUCAAUAUUUAACACGUUAAAGAGAUAUUUCCAAGCAGGAGGUUCUCCAGAGAAUGUUAUCCAGCUCCUCUCUGAAAACUACACUGCAGUGGCACAGACUGUAAAUUUGCUGGCAGAAUGGCUCAUUCAAACAGGUGUUGAGCCACUGCAAGUUCAGGAGACUGUAGAAAACCAUUUAAAGAGCUUACUUAUCAAGCAUUUUGAUCCUCGGAAGGCAGAUUCCAUCUUUACAGAGGAAGGAGAGACUCCAGCCUGGCUUGAGCAAAUGAUAGCACAUACAACAUGGCGAGAUCUCUUUUACAAGUUGGCAGAAGCCCAUCCUGACUGUUUAAUGCUUAAUUUUACCGUGAAGCUCAUAUCUGAUGCUGGAUAUCAAGGAGAAAUAACCAGUGUUUCAACAGCAUGUCAGCAACUAGAAGUAUUUUCCAGAGUCCUGCGUACAUCUCUGGCAACAAUUUUGGAUGGAGGAGAAGAAAACCUUGAAAAAAACCUCCCUGAGUUUGCUAAGAUGGUGUGCCAUGGAGAACACACGUAUCUCUUUGCUCAAUCUAUGAUGUCCAUAUUAGCUCAGGAAGAGCAAGGAGGGUCAGCUGUCAGACGGAUUGCUCAGGAGGUUCAGCGAUACGCUCAUGAGAAAGGCCAUGAUGCAAGUCAGAUCACUUUAGCACUGGGUACUGCGGCCUCUUACCCUCGAGCGUGUCAAGCUCUUGGUGCAAUGUUGUCCAAAGGAGCUCUGAAUCCAGCAGAUAUCACUGUCCUGUUCAAAAUGUUUACAAGCAUGGACCCACCUCCAGUAGAACUGAUUCGAGUACCUGCCUUUCUGGACCUCUUCAUGCAGUCAUUGUUUAAGCCAGGUGCUAAGAUCAACCAGGACCACAAACAUAAAUAUAUUCACAUACUGGCUUAUGCAGCUAGUGUAGUAGAGAUGUGGAAAAAGAACAAGAGAGUCAGCAUAAACAAGGAUGAACUCAAGUCAACUUCAAAAGCUAUUGAAACUGUUCACAAUCUGUGUUGCAAUGAGAACAAAGGAGCAUCCGAGUUGGUUGCAGAACUGAGCACUCUAUAUCAGUGCAUCAGGUUCCCAGUGGUGGCAAUGGGUGUGUUAAAGUGGGUGGACUGGACAGUGUCAGAACCACGGUACUUCCAGUUGCAGACUGAUCACACUCCAGUUCAUCUGGCAUUAUUGGAUGAGAUCAGUACGUGCCAUCAGCUUCUUCAUCCCCAAGUUCUACAACUUCUUGUCAAGCUCUUUGAAACAGAACAUUCGCAGCUUGAUGUAAUGGAGCAGCUGGAAUUGAAGAAGACUCUCUUGGAUAGAAUGGUGCACUUACUCAGUCGAGGAUACGUCCUACCUGUUGUCAGCUAUAUCCGCAAAUGCCUGGAGAAGCUAGAUACAGAUCUCUCUCUCAUCAGAUAUUUUGUUACAGAGGUGCUGGAUGUGAUUGCUCCUCCAUAUACCUCAGACUUUGUACAGCUCUUUCUUCCAAUCUUGGAGAAUGAAAGUAUUGCAGGUACUAUUAAAACAGAAGGAGAACAUGAUCCUGUCACUGAAUUUAUAGCUCAUUGCAAAUCUAACUUUAUUAUGAUGAACUAAGCAGUGGAAAAUAUCAAGAACGCAGAGCACGUGAUCACUGCUUUGCCAUGCUCUCCACCAGUAAGGUUCUAUAACUGGGCAACACAGCA